CUCUACCCUCCUCUGUUCCUCUGCGCCUCCACUCGCACCCGCUGCUCCUUCCCCACCUCUCCAAUGGCGGCUACCUCUUUCUCCCCCUCGUUCUCGGCCCCGUCCUCCUCGGCAAAAGCCGUGAAUCCCUCCCCGAAGGCUACCCCUCUGGCCUCGAAUCUGGGGUUCCUGUCGUCCUCCUCCAGGUCGCUCAGGGCACUCAAGGCGAGCGCCGCCGGAAAUGGUGCCGCCCAGGUCAGUGGAUCAGCUCUCGGAGCUCGGAUGGUGUCCGUUCCCGCCAUUAAGCCGCUCACUUCCCUCGAUUUCGAGACCUCCGUGUUCAAGAAGGAGAAGAUCAACCUCGCUGGUCACGAUGAGUACAUUGUGAGAGGAGGGAGGGACUUGUUCCCUUUGCUGCCCGAUGCAUUUAAGGGGAUUAAGCAGAUCGGUGUUAUUGGCUGGGGUUCCCAGGGACCUGCUCAAGCUCAAAAUCUGAGGGAUUCUCUUGCUGAAGCAAAGUCUGAUACUGUAGUCAAGAUUGGACUCAGGAAGGGUUCCCGGUCCUUUGCUGAAGCUCGUGCUGCCGGUUUCUCUGAAGAAAAUGGAACAUUGGGUGAUAUAUGGGAGACUGUUUCAGGAAGUGACCUGGUGUUGCUCCUCAUUUCGGAUGCUGCUCAGGCAGAUAACUAUGAAAAAGUAUUCUCCCACAUGAAGCCCAACAGCAUCCUAGGGCUCUCCCAUGGGUUCCUCUUGGGUCACUUGCAGUCCAUGGGACUUGACUUCCCGAAGAACGUUAGUGUGAUCGCUGUCUGCCCCAAGGGAAUGGGCCCAUCUGUGAGGAGACUCUAUGUUCAAGGCAAAGAGAUUAAUGGUGCUGGAAUCAAUUCUAGCUUUGCAGUCCAUCAGGAUGUUGAUGGAAGAGCUACUGAUGUUGCCCUUGGAUGGUCGGUAGCUCUUGGUUCUCCCUUCACAUUUGCCACUACGUUGGAACAGGAGUACAAGAGUGAUAUCUUUGGCGAGCGGGGCAUUUUGCUUGGUGCUGUUCACGGGAUUGUCGAGUCCUUGUUCAGAAGAUACACUGAAAAUGGAAUGAGUGAGGAUCUUGCUUACAAGAACACCGUCGAGUCCAUCACUGGCAUCAUAUCAAAGACCAUUUCAACAAAGGGCAUGUUGGCUGUAUACGAGUCUCUUUCAGAAGAGGGCAAGAAAGAAUUUCAGAAGGCAUAUAGUGCUUCAUUCUACCCUUGCAUGGAUAUCUUGUACGAGUGCUAUGAAGACGUUGCCAGCUGCAGCGAAAUUCGAAGUGUUGUAUUGGCAGGACGCCGCUUUUAUGAAAAGGAGGGUCUACCGGCUUUUCCAAUGGGUAAGAUAGACCAGACUCGUAUGUGGAAAGUCGGGCAGCGAGUCCGGGCCACCAGACCAGCUGAUGACUUGGGCCCUCUGUAUCCUUUCACGGCUGGUGUGUAUGUGGCCCUCAUGAUGGCUCAGAUCGAGAUCUUGAGGAAGAAGGGACACUCCUACUCUGAGAUCAUCAAUGAGAGUGUGAUCGAGUCAGUGGAUUCCCUGAACCCCUUCAUGCAUGCUCGUGGUGUCUCCUUCAUGGUUGAUAACUGCUCGACUACAGCUCGCCUUGGCUCAAGGAAAUGGGCUCCACGAUUUGAUUACAUCCUCACCCAACAAGCCCUGGUAGCUAUUGACAAUGGUGCCCCCAUCAACCAUGACCUCAUCGGCAACUUCUUGUCGGACCCUGUCCAUGGAGCAAUCAAAGUAUGUGCACAGUUGAGGCCCACCGUGGACAUCUCUGUGCCCCCAGAUGCAGAUUUUGUGCGACCCGAGCUCCGACAGGGUAACUAGAAGCGAACAUGGAGGAUUGGCACUGCACGAAGGAGCCAGCCAAAAGGGAUAGUAGUGGAAGGAGUUUGAAGAGGGGAGUAUUGUCCAUGUCCACGGUCUCCCUAGGACUCGAGAGUUUAGUGUAGUGUAAGCUUUAUGUUGUUCUUGGAGUUGGGCUAUUAUCUGUCUGUAGAAUUCCUUGUCUUAUCGAAUGACUGCUAAAUGGUGAGCUUGUGCGAGUAAUAAUUUGAUUGUUGUCUGAUGGUUUUAUGUCACGAGUGAA